AUGCAACACCCUCCAGAACAGGAAGAUCAAUUGAGGGUGGAUAUGAUAGAGAGCCUGCUGGAAGAAAUAUUAGACAUUGAUCAGCAUGAGCAAGAAAAAGACAAUCAAGAAACAAUAGAGGAAUAUGUGGCUGAGGCUUUCAUAAACAAAGAAGUGGAACUAAGCAAGAAAGAAGAGAUAGUGGUGGAUCCAAAAGACCAAGAGAAGACUUCAUUCACAUGCCCAGUUGGAGUUUUUGCCUAUAGAAGAAUGCCAUUCGGAUUAUGCAAUGCCCCAGCCACUUUUCAAAUGUGUAUGCUUUCCAUUUUCUCAGAUAUGGUUGAAAAAUUUUUAGAGGUUUUCAUGGAUGACUUCUCUAUUUUUGGUGAUAAUUUCAAUACUUGCUUAAACCAUCUAACUCUUGUCUUGAAACGGUGCCAAGAAACUAAUUUGGUUUUGAACUGGGAGAAAUGCCAUUUCAUGGUACCUGAGGGGAUUGUUCUUGGAUUUUAUAGAAGGUUUAUCAAAGAGUUUUCUAAAAUAGCCAAACCUUUGAGUAACCUUUUAAUGAUUGAUCAACCGUUUGUUUUUGAUAAAAAUUGCCAGCAUGCUUUCGAAACUUUAAAACAUAAACUCACAACAGCACCAAUUAUCACACCCCCUGAUUGGAACUUACCAUUUGAACUCAUGUGUGAUGCAAGCGAAAUUGCAAUUGGUGUUGUACUUGGACAGAAGAAGGGAAACUUGCAUCAUGUCAUAUAUUAUGCAAGUAAGGUGUUGAAUGAGGCUCAAAAAAAUUACACCACAACAGAGAAGGAAUUGUUAGCUGUAGUCUAUGCAUUUGAUAAGUUUAGAUCGUACUUGAUAGGAUCUAAAAUUGUGGUUUAUACUGAUCAUGCCACUCUCAAAUAUUUGAUGUCAAAGCAGAAUGCUAAACCAAGACUUAUCAGGUGGAUUCAACUCCUACAAGAAUUUGACAUUGAGGUAAGGGACAGGAAAGGCACUGAAAAUCUAGUUGCUGAUCAUUUGUCAAGGCUGCCACCAGAAACAAUUCAAAAGGGUUCAUUACCUGUGAAUGAAAGCUUCCCAGAUGAACAUCUCAUGCAAAUCCAACAAACACCAUGGUUCGCUGAUAUGGCAAACUACAAAGUUGGGAGAAAGAUACCGCAAGAAUUCACUAAGCAACAAAACUUCAUUUUGGAAGUAGAAUUAUUUGAUCUAUGGGGCAUUGAUUUCAUGGGACCCUUUCCCCCUUCUUAUUCAUUCAGAUAUAUCUUGGUAGCAGUAGAGUAUGUUUCAAAAUGGGUGGAAGCCAUAGCCACAACUACCUGUGAUGCACAAAUUGUCCUUCAAUUCCUAAAGAAGCACAUCUUUACUAGAUAUGGAGUACCCAAGAGUCUCAUCAGUGAUGGUGGUGGUCAUUUUUGUAACAAACAAAUGGAGAAACUUCUCCACAAAUAUGGAGUUAUUCACAAGGUAGCCACACCAUAUCAUCCCCAAACUAAUGGUCAAGCAGAAUUAGCAAACAGGGAACUAAAGAAGAUCCUAGAGAAAACAGUUGGUAGCACAAGAAAGGAUUGGGCUAGGAAGUUGGAAGAUGCACUUUGGGCAUACAGAACAGCUUUUAAAACUCCUAUUGGGAAGUCCCCAUUUCAACUGUUAUAUGGCAAAUCUUGUCAUCUCCCUGUAGAGCUUGAGCACAAAGCCUUUUGGGCCACUAAACUUCUAAAUUUGGAUUCUGAAGCAGCAGGAGAGAAAAGAUUGUUGCAGCUGAAUGAGCUAGAUGAGUUUAGGCUAGAAGCCUAUGAAAAUACCAAGAUAUACAAGGAGAAAGCUAAGAGAUGGCAUGACAGGAAGAUUUUGAAGAAAGAAUUCAAACCUGGACAACAAGUACUCCUGUAUAACUCACGGCUCAAGAUAUUCCCUGGCAAGCUUAAGUCUAAAUGGACUGGUCCAUACUUGGUGACUAAGGUUUUUCCUUAUGGGAGUAUUGAAUUGCUAGAUGAGGCAACAAAGAGUCAGUUUACAGCAAAUGGUCAUAGAGCAAAACUGUACCUAGGGGGGCAAUGGAACAAAGAAAAAGAGGUCCAGAACCUAAAUCACCCUUGA